CACCACUAAGGGGUGUCCCGCUUCCUCGGAGGACUGAGGCCGCCACAGCGGAGACGAGGAGCUGUCUGGAUCCCAAGUGAUGGUGGUUUACACGGAGGACCAGCUGUGCGCUGUACGACUGGUUAGCACGGUGGAGCCGGUAGCGGCACCUGCUGGCUGGCGGGUGUGAACUGCAGGAUCUCAGCGUCUCAACCCAAGAGGAAGCAUGUCUAAAAAAGGCCGGAGCAAGGGCGAGAAGCCCGAGGCAGAGACAGAUGCUGUGCAGAUGGCCAAUGAGGAGCUGCGGGCCAAGCUGACCAGCAUUCAGAUCGAGUUCCAGCAGGAGAAGAGCAAGGUGGGCAAACUGCGCGAGAGGCUGCAGGAGGCCAAGUUGGAGCGCGAGCAGGAGCAGCGGCGGCACACGGCCUACAUCUCCGAGCUUAAAGCCAAGCUGCAUGAGGAGAAGACCAAGGAGCUGCAGGCGCUGCGCGAGGUGCUCAUCCGGCAGCACGAGCAGGAGGCUGCGCGCACCGCCAAGAUCAAGGAGAGUGAACUGCAGCGGCUGCAGGCCACGCUCAACGUGCUGCGCGAUGGCGCUGCGGACAAGGUCAAGACAGCGCUGCUGGCGGACGCCCGCGAGGAGGCGCGCCGGGCCUUCGAUGGCGAGCGCCUUCGGCUGCAGCAGGAGAUCCUGGAGCUCAAGUCGGCUCGCAAGCAGGCUGAGGAGGCACUCAGCAACUGCAUGCAGGCCGACAAGACCAAGGCAGCCGACCUGCGCGCAGCCUACCAGGCACACCAGGAUGAGGUGCACCGAAUCAAGCGCGAGUGUGAGCGCGACAUCCGCAGGCUGAUGGAUGAGAUCAAAGGAAAAGACCGUGUGAUCCUGGCCUUGGAGAAGGAACUUGGCGUGCAGGCUGGUCACACCCAGAAGCUGCUUCUCCAGAAGGAGGCUUUGGACGAGCAGCUGGUCCAGGUCAAAGAGGCAGAGCGGUACCACAGCAGUCCAAAGAGGGAGCUCCCGCCAGGCAUUGGGGACAUGGCGGAGCUCAUGGGCGGCCAGGACCAACAUAUGGAUGAGCGAGAUGUGAGGCGAUUUCAACUAAAAAUUGCUGAACUGAAUUCAGUGAUACGGAAGCUGGAAGACAGAAAUACCCUCUUGGCAGACGAGAGGAAUGAACUGCUGAAACGCUCACGGGAGACGGAGGUCCAGCUGAAGCCCCUUGUGGAGAAGAACAAGCGAAUGAACAAGAAGAACGAGGAUUUGCUGCAGAGUAUCCAGAGGAUGGAGGAGAAAAUCAAGAACCUCACGAGGGAAAAUGUGGAGGUGAAGGAGAAGCUGUCUGCCCAGGCAUCUCUGAAGCGCCACACCUCCCUGAACGACCUCAGCCUGACGAGGGACGAGCAGGAGAUCGAGUUCCUGAGGCUGCAGGUGCUGGAGCAGCAGCACGUCAUCGACGACCUGUCGCUGGAAAGAGAACGGCUGCUGCGCUCCAAAAGGCAUCGAGGGAAAAGCCUGAAGCCACCCAAGAAGCAUGUUGUGGAGACAUUUUUUGGAUUUGACGAGGAGUCCGUGGAUUCGGAGACGUUGUCAGAAACAUCGUACAACACGGACAGGACAGACAGGACCCCGGCCACGCCCGAGGAAGACCUGGAUGAUACCACGACCAGAGAGGAGGCUGACCUGAGGUUCUGCCAGCUGACCAGGGAGUACCAGGCCCUGCAGCGAGCCUAUGCCCUGCUUCAGGAGCAGGUUGGGGGGACGCUGGAUGCCGAAAGGGAGGCCCGGACUCGGGAGCAGCUACAAGCUGACCUACUGAGGUGUCAGGCCAAGAUCGAAGACCUGGAGAAGUUACUGGUUGAGAAGGGACAGGAUUCCAAGUGGGUUGAAGAGAAGCAGCUACUCAUCAGAACCAACCAGGACUUGCUGGAAAAGAUUUACAGGCUGGAAAUGGAAGAGAACCAGCUGAAGAACGAAAUGCAAGACGCAAAGGAUCAGAACGAGCUGUUAGAAUUCCGAGUGCUAGAACUCGAAGUAAGAGACUCUAUCUGUUGUAAACUCUCAAACGGAGCAGACAUUCUCUUUGAACCCAAACUGAAAUUCAUGUAAAGCUCCCAGAUGUUUUCAAGCAUGUGUAAAGGGGACAUGUUAUAGUUUCUUUCUUUCUUUCUUUUUUAAAUCUGUAUGUUCGGAAUACUUUCACUGCCUUAAUGUUCUGGAGAGAAUGCUCACGGAAGUCUAUGGACAUGUACCAGAGCUAAUAUAUUUAUUGCCUACAGCUUGUU